AUGUCUGCCGAAGCCAAGUUCAACAAGGCCGUCGAGAUCGUCGGCUCGCUCCCCAAGGACGGCCCCGUCCAGCCUACCCAGGAUGACCAGCUCAAGUUCUACGGUCUCUUCAAGCAGGCCAACAACGGUGACUGCGACACCAAGAAGCCCGGCAUGUUCGACCUGACCGGCAAGUACAAGUGGGAAGCCUGGAACAAGAACAAGGGCAUGUCCAAGGAGGAGGCCCAGCAGGCUUACGUCGACGCUUUCCUUGCUAUCCUCAAGAAGCACGAGGACGAGGGACCCGAGGCCGCCGAGUGGAUCAAGAAGAUCGAGGAGGCCUAA